AAAAAACACUAAGACUGAAAUAAAAUCCAUUGUUGCACUGCACGUCGUCAUUCGUCGUAGUGAACACUGAUGACCAUCACCAACAGCACCAUCCGAUCAUGACUGAUUGAUCAUAAGCUACAAGAAGGUUGAACAUGGUCACAGGAGCUCUAGCUCCCGCAUUGACCCUAGGAGAAUAUGCACAAACUAAGCAAGGGCUUGAAGAAGAAGAUCAAAGGCAAGAAAGGCAAAGAAAAAGAGGACGAUUUGUUUGAUCCGGCUAUCCUUGAACAGUACCGUCGAGACAAGGCCGCCGCCGCCGCCGCAGCCGCCGCCAAAGCCGCCGCUUCUGGAGAAGAUUGCGAUCCAUCAGCUGAAGAAAACGGUUCGCCCACAGCAGCGAACGAAGCUACCUCAUCCACAGAGCCUGGUGCUGACAAGAAAGAUAGCGAAGAGUGGCAAAAAUUCAAACUUCUCACAUCAGGUGUUGAUACGAUCCUACAGAAGACACAAGAGGAUUUGGGACGGAUUAAGAAAACCAGCUAUUACCAGAGGAACAAGAAACCCGAGACACCGACUCCUGUUGAAGAAGCCAAGGCAAUCGUAGCAACAGCAGCCGGUAAAAGCCCCAGCGCUAAUAAUAGUGAACCGACUGGUUUCAAAACUAAAUGGAUUGGCUUUGAGGAGGGCAACAAAUUCAAAGAUCUAAACGCUGAAGAAGCUGAAGCUGAUCAAACCCGUUCUGUCGCAGCGGCACAGUCAUCAGCUGUAGCUGAAGAAGUUGUCGAUCCCCAGCUCGAGGAACUUGGACAAGAGUUUGAAGAACAGAACGAAGAGGACGACGAGGAGGACAUUUUCAACACCGAGUACGUCGACGUCGUCACCAGUGGCGAAUUGAAACUCGCCUACGUCCCCGACAGUCCGACGCUCGAAGUUCCAGGCGACGAUCCGUUCGAUACUUCCGUCGUCGAGAAGAUCGUCGGUCCACUUCCCGUCAUCAAAAAGAAGAAGGCCCUUGUGAGCAUCGGAGCCGCUGUUGAGAUCCUGACCGCUGCCAACGCUGCUGAUCAACAACAAAAACAACAUCAUCAAUUGUCUACUGCCAACCGACAACGAGUCGCUCAACCUCCCACUGAGAUCCAGUUACUUUGUUGUUUCGACGAUAACGAAUACGAUCAGAAUCAGACCGUAAAUUCUGCAACAGCAACGCCAUUGGCUAAUCAUACUGGGAGUUCAAGCAGUGCGCAACAAACACCGCACAUUCAAGUACCUCCUGCAAGUGGCGAAGCCGGCUUGAAGGACAUCCUCGCUGAAUUCGACGUUAUUCCAGAUAGCUCCGAUCCGAUUGACAACGACUUUGUGAAGCCUCCCAAGCCAAGUCCAGUUGUCCAGCAGAAAAAGCCAGAACUUAUCGACGAAGAGGAUUUCGAAUUCGAAGCCCUAGCUUACGAGUCAUUGGCCAAGCAACCACUUCCGCAAGAAGAAGAAGAGGAGGACGACCCCUUCGACACUAGUGCCAUCGAGAAAGUGUUGAACAAGGAUCCAGUCGUAACCCGUACUCCUUCUAGGAAACCACCUCCAUCGAGGCCUGCUGCUCCUCCUACGCGUCCUCCACCUCCCCCUUCGGUGGCGGCUAUUGCAGCUAUAGCUGCUGCAAUCGAUCGGUCGUCUAGUGCUCCGGCUCGCCCACCAGUCCCAACCAAUCCGACAGUGCCAAGUCUUCAAGCUCAAGACUCGUUUGACGCGCUCUUUCUUGACGAGAGUCCAACCGAGAAGGAGAAGCUGACGGUGCCCAAGCUUGACAGUCCUUCACAGGUUUCUGGUGCUGAUCCUUUCGACACGUCCGCUAUCGAUUCAUUCGGCACAUCUGCCAUCGAUCCGUUCGAUACCUCUGCCAUCGACCCAUUUGACACUUCGGCUGUCGGCUCAUUUGACAUUUCCGCUCCUGGCAGUUUAGUUGCCAAUCUGCCAUCGGUGCUUCCGGCUGCAACCCAGUUACAGGUGACAUCAUUCGUGAUUGUUGACGAUUCGCCAGUUAACGACGAAAUCGAUCCGUUUGACACUUCAGCAGUUGAGAAAAUCUUAAACUAA